ACGCCAAGUUCACACUGCCUCAGGCAUCACAGAUCUGAUCACCGGCUCCGCGUUGGACUGAGAUUACAGCGGAAACAUGUUUGUAUCGGUCACAGCUGUCAUCACUCUGCUUGGCCUCUAUUCGCUGCAUCCUACUUCUGGACAGGACUGUUCAAGCAGACUGGAAAUACAAGGAUCCCUGAAGCAGAUCCAGAAACUUCUCUCAGCUCAUGAAGCCUCCUACUUGCAGAGCCUGCGCAACCUGAAGAAGAAAAUAAACCUACUGCAGAGUAACACAGGGAGACAGGCUUCGAGAACCAUCAACAGUACCUGCCCAAAGCCAGAUGUGCCAAACAAUGGGAGGAAACUGGGCAAAUCGCAGAGUGUGGGCCAUGAGAUUCACUUUUUGUGUGACCCUGGCUAUGAACUUGUGGGAUCAGAGAGCAGAAUUUGUCAGGAAAGUCUGAGCUGGAGCGGCCAGCAGCCGACAUGCAGAGAAGUCAACGAGUGUGCGUCUAUCCCAUGCCAGAAUGGUGGAACGUGUCUGGAUGACGUUAACCAGUUUUCUUGCAUCUGUCCCAAAGGCUGGGCUGGAGAAACCUGCCAAAGCCCUGUGCCAACGUUCUUUGCCACCAUUGCAAACACCUCCGCCGCCACAUCCCCAGCGUCUGCCGCUGCUGCCGCUACGCUGGCAGCUGACACACCUGGGUCCUUUGUGCGUCCAUCACGCUGCAGCACCGUGCAGGGGACCACCCACUGCACUUGUGAGCCAGGAUAUACCAUCUCUGGCAGAGACAGCACUACUUGCACCGACAUAGAUGAAUGUGAGCUGUUUCAUAAUGGUCAGGCUGGGAAGCUCUGUUUACACACAUGCGUUAACACCGCUGGAGGUUACCGCUGCUCCUGUCCUGCUGGAUAUGAUGUCACCCGCGAUGGACGCAGCUGUAAAGACAUUGAUGAGUGUGCCAGCAGACAAAAUAACUGCAGCAAGGAGCAGACGUGCAUCAACACUUAUGGAGGUUUCCAGUGUGUUCGUGUCGACUGUCCAAAAAACCCUCAUGCCUCUUACGUCAAAACAUCACCGAUGCGCUGUGAGCGGAAUCCCUGCCCCGUGGAUAACAAGCUGUGUUCUCAAGCUCCAAAUUCCUUCUCCUACCAUUACCUGGCAGUCGUAUCUAACCUGUCAGCUCCCCGUGUCAUGUUCCGGGUUUCAGCGUUGCGUCCGAUAGGUGACACGCUUCGCUUCUCCCUGCUGGGGGGAAGGCAAGCUCGGCGUCACUUCACAGUCCAGCGUUCGGAUCGCCUGACAGGUCAACUGAUGCUGAGCAGCCCAGUUCAGGGCCCCGCCACUCUGGAGGCCGAGGUGGAGAUGAGUGAGCUGGAGAGACGAGUCCAGCUGGGCAGGUACAUCACCAAAGUCACCAUGUUUGUUUCCCCGUAUGAGUUCUAAAACAAAUAAGACGGGGAGGAACAUACUUGGCACCAAAGAGUCAAAGGUCAAACAUUGUAGCCUAAAUGGUUAUUCAAGUAAACAUAAACCAGCAAACUACCUUUCAUGUAGUUAACAGUACAGCUGUACUUGCACUGCUGCAUGUAACAGAUGGCUUUAUCACAAGACAUCAAUACAUUGCUACAGAAAUGAAAAUGUAUUGCAUUUUUUUUGAUGGAUUGUUCAUUGUAUAUUCCAUGUCAAUCUUAUGUUAAAUUACCUCUUUGAAUUCAUAAUGAAGGAAUUAUUUUGCAUUACAAACUGUAUUCAGGUGAUUCCCAACCAGGGUGCCAUGACAGUGGGGCAUACUAGUGUGCUGUAAGAGAUCAUCGGGGCAUUCUGGGAAUAGAUCCAAUUUCUUUUAAAGAUGAGAGGGAAUUUUUACAAAAGAAAAAAAAAUACACUUUUUACUGUAUUUGUUGAAACAGUUAUUAUAACUUGACAGUAGUACAUGAUUAAAUAUGAUAUGUGAAAAAAAAUCAACUGUUUCUGGCCCCGUCUUGUGCCACUAAUUUGAUAUACAAGAAACCACUGAGCUUGAGGAGAAACAGCUAAUCAGAGACAGAAGGUGUGACUUAGGAGGUGUCAAUCAUUUGUUGUGCACUCACAAAAAAAUUUAACUUCCAACCGGAAGAAUUUAGUGCUAUAGUAACAUUCCAUUGCAUUUAAAGUUCUUUUUUGGGGUAACAAGGUAAAAGGUCAGCGGGAGGCCGUGGGGGUGCGCCUGCGACAACUGUGCUUGUCAGUGCGCGACAAGUAAUUGACACCUCAUGAGUCACACCUUCUGUCCCUGAUUGGUUGUCUUUAUUCAGGUGCAGUGGUUUCUUGUAUAUAAAAUUAGAAGCACAAGACGAAGCCAAAGAUGGCUGAUUUUUUAUUUUUUUUUGACAGAUCAUAUUUAUUUAUGUACUACGGUAUUAUU